AUGCACAAAGGCUCCAAAAAGUACUUCGGGCAGAAGUCCUUCAGCGAGGUGGCCAUGGACGAGUACCUGGGCAGCCUAGGGCUGUACCGCAAGAUGACGGCCAAGGACGCCUCCUGCCUCUUCCGAGCCGUCUCGGAGCAGCUGUUUUCAUCUCAAAUUCAUCACGCAGAAGUUAGGAAAGCUUGUGUCUCGUUUAUGAGGCAGCACCAGUCGAGGUUUGAAUCCUAUGUGGAAGGUUCGUUUGAGAAAUACCUAGAACGACUAGGAGAUCCAAAGGAAAGUGCUGGCCAGCUGGAAAUAAGUGCUUUAUCAGUGAUGUACAAGCGAGACUUCAUUGUGUACCGGUACCCCGGGAAGCCGCCCACACGUGCUACAGACAAUGGCUUUGAAGACAAGAUUUUACUGUGUUGUUCCGGUAACGGCCAUUAUGACUCUGUGUAUACAAAACAAUUUCAGGAAAAUGCUGCCAUUUGCCAGGCUGUGUUAUAUGAGAUCCUCUACAAAGAUGUGUUUGGCAUGGAUGAGGAAGAAUUAAGGUCUGCAGUUGAGGUGUUUCGAAGUGGAUCCAAGAAGAACAGAAACAGUGCUCCUGUAGGAAGUGAGGAUGCAAACUUUGGUUGUCUCCAUGAAAAAGUGCCCCGAAAUCCAUCAGAAAAGAGACUGGACGACUGGGAGGGCAAUGAUACUGAGAAUCCACAGGAAACCAAGUUCAAACAAGGCAUUGAAGAACAAAAGCCUCCAGAAAAUCCUCCAAAGAUGCCUGUUCCUUAUAAAGUGCUAAAGGCACUGGACUCUACCAUCUAUCGAAAUGUGGAGUUUGAUGUUUGGCUGGACAGUAGAAAAGAGCUUCAAAAAACUGACUACAUGGUGUUUGCUGGGAGACAGUACUAUUUAGGAGAUAAGUGUCAGGUGCGUCUGGAACCAGGAGAGAAGUAUUACAAUGCUCACAUCCAGGAAGUUGGACAGGAUAGCAACACAUUGACUGUAUUUGUUGAGGAGCUGGCAGAAAAGCACACAGUUCCUUUGGCAAACUUAAAGCCAGUGUCACAGGUGGCUCCUGUCCUUGCUUGGAAUAUGGCUCACAACAGAAGAGGAGCUUAUCAGAAAGUAACAGGUGGACACUUCUCAGGAAUAGAAAUGGAUAUGAAAACACGGAAGAGGAUGCUCAAGAAGGUCCGUGGGAAGGAAGUGUUCAUGGCUGUGGCUUACAGCAGGGGACAGCCAGUGCUGCCACCCCGGCUGCAGCACAGUGCUCCCUCAGGGCGCUUCCCUCCCAUCCACUGCUCCCAGGGAGGUGCAGGCAUGGCACACUACAAGCCCUAUCACCAGCAGAAUCCUCCCAGACAGCACCGUGACUCUGGGAUGCCGAGCUCGUACAGCCGCAGCCGCCGCCCGCUGCCGUGUGUGAACAAGGAGUGCCAGUACGGCUUCGUGCCAGGGGCUGCCGAGGAGCCCCAGGGGCCGGAGGAAACUGUAACUUUCUGUGAAAUUGAAGGAGAUGACACUGCUUUCCCUGCUCUGCCUGUGAGUUAUGAACAAAGGAGCCACAGUAGCCAUGCUCACAUUGUCCAUGGUCCAGGGGCAUUUUGGGUAGCAAGGAGAGGUCCAAACUCUGUUCCAUCUAAUAAGCAGACCCUGAGUGCCUUAGAGGAGGAGGAAGAAGCAAGUGAAAACGGGAAAUUUCAUGAGGAAUAUAUCUAUGUAUCUCCAGAUCCCAACUGUGAAACUGCAACAGUGUUUAGUUCAGCAGAGCCUACAGCAAAUUUGGUGUUGGUGAACUCUGCAACAGUUUCCACCUCCACAGAUGUUUAUACUGCUCCAGCCACAGGUCUCUCUUCAAAUUCUGCUGCCUCCACUCCAGCCAGUGUCAUAACAGCAGCUCCCCCACAAACAGCAGUGCAGCCUGUCAUAGUAUCUCCCUUUUCUGUGGGGAGGCCAGCAGUUUCUUCAGUGCCAUUCCCAAUUUAUUCAGCUCCUCUUCCCCCAGUGAGUGAGGUGGGAGAAGCCAGUGCUGUUCUUCCAGCUUACUCUUGUGAUCCCAGCGGCAGUGAUUUGCCUCGAGAUACAAAGGUCUUGCGGUAUUAUUUUAAUAUGGGAUUACAAUAUUGCCAUCAGAGCUGCUGGCCUUCCAUGAUGUACGUGCAGCCAGUGCUGCCUCCAUCUCCAGUGGAAGUUUACCCAGCAUAUGCUGAGCCAGCUCCUGUCCUGGAUCAGUCAGUUCCCCAGCUCUUCCCUGAUGCUGGGCAAGCUGAGGUCCACCAGGUUCCCUUGGAGGCAUCAGCAAAUGGUAACUUCCAAAACACAGAGCCUCCACCCGUGUCCUAUGGGCCAGUGUAUUACCCAGUGGUGUCAGACCCCUUCAGCCAGCAGCCUCUGCCUGCCUUUGACUCUGUGGUUCCUGCCUACCGCUACAUUGGCACCUGGCAUCCAGUAAAUCCUCCCCAUGGAAAUUCCCCACCUGUGGCCAAGGCUGGGAGCUCAGGAGCACCUCCCCAGGUCGGCUACAUGGCCUCCCCUAACCCUGCACCUCCUGAUGCACCUCAGGGAAUGUAA